AUGCUUCUUCUUGCUGCACGCUGCCUCAACACCACGCAACGCAAGCAAUGUUGUUGGCUUGUGGCAACGCUGGAUUGGUCUCGCUUUGACACCCAAUGCCCAGCCGCAACGAUGCAGUGCGGCAACGCAAGCAGGAUUGAUGAGACUCUGUGUCUCUCGGUCUCAGCGUCUGACUCCUCGCCGUCUUCUGAACCUCCGAAGUCGUGUGUGCUCGAGCAGGCAGGAAAGAAAGACAGAGCGUCCCACUCUUGGGCCUCGACACCGAAAAAUAUCAUCCCGGCGAAGAAACCAAACCAAACCCACGCGAACUUCACCGGAUUCACCAUCAACGCCUUGCCUCUUGCUUUCCCACAUGCCUCUGAGACUCCGGCGCCAAAAGAGCAGGCAAAGCAAGGUCAAUGCCGGCACGGCUUGGGCACAGCUACGUGGCACACCGAGAUGUCUCGCCGCCGCCCAACCCAACAUGACGCUACUGCACAUGCCUUGGCGGCAUGCAUCACCACCACCAUCGAGGCGUCACCAUCGGCCAGUGGGUGA